AUGGCUUCUGGCAGCGGGACUAAAAACCUGGACUUCUGCCAAAAGUGGGACAAAGAUGAAUAUGAGAAACUCACAGAGAAACGACUUAAUGAAGAAAGAGAGAAAAAAGAUGGAAAACCAGUGCAGCCUGUCAAGCAGGGGCUCUUGCGACAUUGGGACUACAAAGUUGACUUGGAGUCCAAGCUGGGAAAGACCAUUGUUAUCACCAAGACCACCCCAUAGUCUGAAAUGGGAGGGUAUUACUGCAAUGUCUGUGACAGUGUAGUGAAAGACUCCAUCAACUUCUUGGAUCACAUCAAUGGCAAGAAACAUCAAUGGAAUCUGGGCAUAUCUAUGCGUGUGAAGCGUUCCACCUUGGAUCAGGUGAAGAAACGCUUUGAAGUGAACAAAAAGAAGAUGGAAGAAAAGCAAAAGGACUAUAACUUUGAGGAGAGGAUGAAGGAACUCAGAGAGGAGGAAGAGAAAGCCAAAGCCUACAAGAAGGAGAAGCAGAAGGAGAAGAAACAAAGGGCAGAGGAGGACUUGACAUUUGAAGAAGAUGAUGAGAUGGCAGCUGUUAUGGGCUUCUCUGGCUUUGGUUCCACCAAAAAGAGCUACUGAUGCCUUCUGAACUUGUCUUAUUCCCAAG